CGGGCAGGAAGCUGAUCUGAAGCCAGCCCAGGCCCAACAGGACGGACCCGAUCACCGGGAUGCAAUGGACGAAGACCAAGCCCGCAGGCCGAUCUAGGCCAUGUUCGUGCCUCACUCUGCAAUAUGCUCCCCGCUCGGAGAUGCCCCCUGGGAAAAGCCUUUUACACAGGCGUGCGACAGGAGAGACGAGGCAGGACACCGGCCAUCCUCUGUCCCAGCUUGCCCAGGCCUGUGCAGCAGAAGCCGGAGUGCACAACACGACACGCGGUGAGCUGCAGCGUCCAGGAGGCAAGAGGCCUGGGGGACGAUGGCAUGUCUGGGGUGCUCCUGCACCAGUGCAGCCUGUGGCUGGCAAAUCCCCCAGCAAGCGAGCCCCGUCCCAGCUCAGGGCUUAGCUCUGCGAUCGCCUGUCUCCUGCGCCUCCAAAGCACGCACAUGGGGGGAGGAGGUUACCCAGGCAAUGCCCGCUGCAAGGUGAAGCCCUUCUGGCCCAGCCCCCGGGGACGGCUGGACGUGGCUAUGGUUUUCUGAGCUUGUUUGGGCCGCGUCCCACUGGGUCCUUGCUGCCUCCUACCGCAGCUCUCGGUUAAGCAGAAGGGGCAGGAACCCCUCUCCGGCUCGUGGCGCUUUGCCCGCUCGUGCCCCAGCGAUGACCGCCCACCUCCUGUAACACAGACCAGGGCAGCCGCAGUGAAACGGCCCCAGCUCCCGUCCUUCCCCCCCAGGGUGUGGCCAGCUGCUCAGAGCCAUCUGGAAGCUGGCCAAUCCUUCAGCACCUCUCCCGGCACACACCCACCUGGGGAGCCUGGGAGCAUAAAGGCAGGUGCCAGGAGCUGCCUCGCCAGACAACAGCCACCUGACAGCGCCCCUCACUCAGAUCUGGGGACUUUUCCGUCCAGCCUCACGCCCUCACCAUGCUGUUCUGGCACAGCCAGCCCGAACACUACUGGCCAGGGCCAGGGGAGAUGUACCCCUGCUCCGGCGGCAAUCUGCUCAGCCCUGCAUCUACAGAUCCCCGCUUCCAACAGGCUGGGGGGAGGGGGAGCUCACAGGGGAAGCUGCCCCCACUGCCGUGUGCUCUGCCCUGCCGCAGGGAGUCCCUGGCACUGCCCUUCCUGAAGCAAGAGGAGCAGAACAUCUCCACGUCGGCCGAGCUGCAGUGCCCGGCCUUCCAGUACGUGCUCUGCGCCCCCACCUCGCCCGCCGUCAAGCAGCACGAGGAGACCCUCACCUACCUGAACCAAGGCCAGUCCUACGAGAUCCGGAUGCUGUGCAACCCCAAGCUGGGCGACUUUUCCGAGUGCCGGAAGCUGCUGAAGAGCGUGGCCAGGGUGGUGUUUCACGACCGGCGCCUGCAGUACAUGGAGCACCAGCAGCUGGAGGGAUGGCGGUGGAACCGCCCUGGCGACCGCAUCCUGGACAUCGACGUCCCCCUGUCCGUCGGGGUGCUGGAGCCGCACAUCCACCCCACCCUGCUGAACACGGUGGAGUUCCUCUGGGACCCCACCAAGAGGACGUCUGUCUUCAUGCAGGUUCACUGCAUCAGCACCGAGUUCACGCUGCGCAAGAACGGGGGCGAGAAGGGUGUCCCCUUCCGCAUCCAGCUCGACACCUACAAGGCCAACGAGAAGGGCGAGCACGCGGAUCACCUGCACUCGGCCAGCUGUCUUGUCAAAGUGUUCAAGCCCAAGGGAGCAGACAGGAAACAAAAAACUGACCGGGAGAAAAUUGAGAAACAAUCACCGCAGGAGCGAGAAAAAUACCAGCCUUCCUAUGAGAGCACGGUGCUGGCGGAGUGCACCCCCUGGCCAGAAGCCUCCAGCAGCCCCCACAGCCCCCCGGCCACCCCCGGGCUCCCCUCUCCUCACGCCUUCAAACUGCUGACCCCAGAAAGGGGCUGUUCCUCGCCCAGCUGCCCCUCCGACAGCCCAGCAGAGAGCACGGCCGAGGCUCUCAGUCCCUGUGCCUCCAUCUUGGAAACCCAGCAGUGGCUGCACAAGAAUCGCUUCGCCGCUUACUGCAGGAUGUUGGCUAAUUUCACAGGAGCCGACCUGCUGAAGCUUUCCCGCAGCGACCUCAUCCAGAUCUGUGGAGCGGCUGACGGGAUCCGGCUCUCCCAUGCGCUGAAAGCCAGGUGUGUCCGCCCUCGGCUCACCCUGUACAUGUCCAGGGAGCCCCAAGCCAAUGGCAGAGACACCCCUGAGGACUCACACCCAGCCACGUACCAAGAGGUCUAUCUGGAAGAACUCACUGCCACGGAACUGACCAAUAAACUGGCAGAGCUGCUCAGCCUCCCAGCCAACCAGAUCCAGCAGGUUUCCAAGCAGGGACCGACCGGGAUUCACAUCCUCAUCAGUGACCUGAUGGUCAGGAACCUGCCAGAUGAAUCCUGUUUCGUAGCAGCUGUUACCAAAGUGCAGGCUCCAGAAGGCUACCACUUAAUUUUAAGAUAAGCGGACAGCAACCUAGGACAGUUCAACGCAGAGAAGUGCAAUGAGAGAAGCAAUGCCAAAUCACUGUCUGGAACCAAGGGAGAUUUCCCCACACAGAAGCUGGUGAAGAGGCCAACAGGAGUAUUUCCCAGCAAGGCAGUCCCAUCCCAGUGCUGUAAAGAAUCUAGGCCAAGACAGCUGCAGUGUCCUGCAUUUGUGAAAUGCCCAUGUGGCACCUGUUUGAAGGCAUGCUCUGCUUUGUGUAGCCUUAGACUGGCACGGUUUACACUGAUGCUCCAUAGUGGCACGGUCAUACACACAGCUAGUGGCCUCCUGCACUCAGGGGCUUGGCAAUAAGGAGUUCACUUCUAGGCUGUUGGUUGCAAUCCAGCUUAAGUCAGUAAUGAUAUUCAGUCAUCUGGAGGCCUCUACGUCAUGAGGUUAGUGGGGGGGAAAUCUGUGGACAGAGGACUUCUGGGCAGAAUUUCCAAAAGCACCCAACUCCCAGUGAGCUAGGCACCCAUCCACCUUGGGAAGCUUUGCAAACCCCUGCCUGCCAGGGAACCUCUCACGACCCUUUAAAUUCUUCCCUUCACAGACCUGACCUGUAAGCAAAACCAAACCUCAGGCUGAGGUAAGCAGGCUCCUCUAAAUAUUGUAUCAUCUGCCUUAGCAUUAACACUGAAAUCCAACUGCUGUUUUUAGAGUUCUAUUUUUAUUUGGCUGUUGUAUUGUCUAAUCCUUUUGAUAUUAAAAAUAUCAGAGCUGAA